ACUCAAAUAUGAUAUCAUUUUAAGCUCAUAUUUAAAUCAUUUUAGGAUUAUAAUAUGAUCAUUUUCACUUCAUAUCAUAAAUGAGCCAUACAUGUCUCAUUUAUGUCUCAUUUCCUGCGACCUGGGAUGAAUGUGAUGUAUUAACUCUCCUGUUUUCAGCAAACCCCAAAUCAAUCGAAGAGUGGAAAUCUUCUGUUAUUGCUACUUUGCAGUGAAGAAUUAUUAAACGUCACAUAUAUUUCAAUACACAUCUUAGGUGUGCGUCAAUUGUAUUGUGAAAAUCGUGUUUAGUUGUAUAUAAAGCGUAUGAUUCCAUUUGAUUGUCUCUCUCUCUCUCUAUACCGUAAAAUGUACAGGUAGUUGAACAUACGAGAAACGGAUGGAAGAGAGUAAUGGUCCCAGUAGUACUGGAUAGAGCUUGACGUAAGAAGAAUAGAAUGAAUAUGACGGAUAUAUGAUAUCAGAAAGGACAAAGAAUAGUCACAUUUCUAGACAUAUGAUGUUCUUAUGUCGCUUAUGACAUAACAAUGGAUCAGCUUUACUCCAAAGCUCUACAACAUGGUUAAAUAAAUAAAAUAAUAUAAUAAUCAAUACUGAAUUCUUUGAAUUAGGGAAAAAAGCGCUAAAAUUUAAAAAAUUAUCAAUGGUUCGGUUUUAUCGUUCUUUUUCUUUUUCAGACUAUCUGUUUCCUCUUCGUCAUCAAAAACCGAGUCUAGAAACAUGCAUUUGAGAGUCUUUAAAUGAUAUAACCUGAUUGAAAUUAGAUAUCUUGCAAACCUUUCUAGUUUUUCUUCUCAAUAUGAAGCCAAUCCUGUUAACUUCAUGAAUUUAUAUAAUCUCGCUUUGGUUCUGGUUCAAGAAAUAAAGCCUUAUUCAUUGAUAAUUACAAUAAAAGCUUAUCCACAAAAUCUGAGCGCGUAGAGAAGUAAAAUAAUUUUGCAUUUUAUGGUUCUCCACGCUGCUGCGGGAAUGAACACUUGCCAUGGUUAGUUUUUCUGUGUAUUUGACUAUAGUCAUUGUGAUAUUCCUCCAUACUCACUGACUUGUAAUUGAGUACAGUUUUGCUCAAGAAAUGAAGGUCAAAAUAAAAGAAAAAUAAUUUAAGUGGCUCAACUUUUUUUAAGUAUAAAUAUAAGAAUAUAAUACAAGUUAUAAGAAAUUUUCUUCAAAUUGUAGUGAUCGUUGCAAUCUACGCCAGCAAUUAAACCGAUGAGUCAUCAUAUACACUCCACUAUUAAGAACUAUUAUCUCUUUUGAAGGUGAACCCCGACUGUACAUAUGAGCUAAUUGCAAUUUUAUUGUACCGUUUGAUUCCAAAAUGUAAAUAAAAAAACUAUCCGGGUCAUAUCGACCGAUAUUCAUUAUUUUAUUAUUAUUUUGUUUCCCUAAUUUGUCCCCACUACUACGGAAAUAAGAAUGACUUUAUACCAAUGGGAUCCUGAGAUAUUGGGCGUAUAAGAUCCAAAAAGCUGGUUUUUAGCGCUACCUGUCGUUAAGAAAUGCUUCUUAUCUAAUUUAUUCUUCAUUAUUAACAUCCACUGAUUCCAUCAACUUAUAGCAAACAGUUUGUGGUUUCAGGAUAUGUGACUGAUUAGCACCGUGAUCACACUUUUCUCGAUCAUUUUCAGUUUCUUUACUUCCAAAAAUUUUUUUUCACUCAUUUUUUUCUCCUACCGGUACAAUAAAAUUGCAAAUCGCUCAUAUAAAACAUGUGAUUAUGAAAGACUAUGAGUCACUGAAUCGCUCUAUUUUUGUCAUACCUGCUUUUCUUUCUAUUCUUCGGGUAUUGUAUUCAUGUACAGCCCGUCUUAUUACAGUGUAUAAAUAUUGUGCUCUCUAUCACUUUUUCACAUCAUUUUAGUUUUAGUUUUAUUCGUAAAGGACAUGAGAGGCGUUUUACUUCUCUUUUCUGUUCCUUCUCUUUUCGAUUGGGCUUUCUCUCUACUCCCUACUGAUAUUUUAAAUUUAAGUGCACUUAAUCACUACUCUCUCUUCUCUCGCUCUGAUCUGAUCCUUUUAUUCUGUUCUUUUAGACUGUUAAUGUUCCUGCGGCAGUGGAUCAAGGAAUUGCCAAUCUACGACUGAAGGAUGAAGACAUGGCCAAUUUUCCGAGUCUAAAAACAAUUGCUCGAUCCGUUUAUCGACAUCGUGCAAAUAUGUUUUCACCUUUGCCAAAUGAUCAAAAAUUUGAAAUACCAACACAAUUUUCUCAAACAAAAAUAAAUGAAUCAAUUGUUUUAUAUGAUGGUUACAAAAUAAAAUACGGUGGAAGAUUGUUAUAA